AUGAGUGGCCUACGCUUCCUCGACUUGAUCAAGCCCUUCACACCCCUCCUCCCGGAGGUGGCAUCCCCCGAAACCAAGGUGCCAUUCAACCAGAAGUUGAUGUGGACAGGCUUAACUCUACUUAUAUUCUUGGUGAUGAGCCAAAUGCCGCUCUAUGGCAUUGUUUCAUCGGAUACCUCCGAUCCGCUCUACUGGCUCCGCAUGAUGCUGGCCAGUAACCGUGGUACUCUGAUGGAGUUGGGUAUUACUCCCAUUAUCUCCUCCGGCAUGGUUUUCCAACUUCUUGCCGGAACCCACCUGAUCGAUGUUAACCUUGACCUCAAAACCGAUCGCGAACUCUACCAGACCGCCCAGAAACUUUUCGCAAUCAUCCUGUCUUUUGGACAGGCAUGUGUGUAUGUCCUUACCGGUCUCUACGGCCAACCCAGUGACCUUGGUGCUGGUGUCUGUGUUCUAUUGAUCGUUCAGUUGGUUGUUGCUGGUCUUGUUGUCAUCCUGCUGGAUGAACUUCUUCAGAAGGGAUAUGGUCUUGGCAGCGGUAUUUCACUUUUCAUCGCAACCAACAUUUGCGAGUCGAUUAUCUGGAAGGCGUUUUCCCCUACCACCAUCAACACUGGACGUGGUCCGGAAUUUGAAGGAGCCGUCAUCGCCCUGUUCCACUUGCUGCUCACCUGGUCAGACAAGCAGCGUGCCCUCCAUGAAGCAUUCUACCGCCAGAAUCUGCCCAAUAUCAUGAACCUCCUUGCGACUCUCCUUGUGUUUGCAACCGUCAUCUACCUCCAAGGUUUCCGCGUCGAGAUCCCUGUAAAAUCUUCCCGCCAGCGUGGCAUGCGCGGUUCUUACCCCAUUCGCCUCUUCUACACCUCAAACAUGCCAAUUAUGCUUCAGUCCGCCCUUUGCUCAAACAUUUUCCUGAUCAGCCAGAUGCUCUACUCUCGUUUCUCGGAUAACCUUCUUGUCAAGCUCCUCGGCGUCUGGGAACCACGUGAGGGUGGAUCGGCUCAACUCUAUGCUUCCUCUGGAAUUGCCUACUAUAUGUCUCCCCCGCUUAACUUCAAGGAGGCUCUCUUGGAUCCCAUCCACACCGCUGUAUACAUCAGUUUCAUGCUGGUUGCUUGUGCUUUAUUCUCCAAGACCUGGAUUGAAGUUUCCGGCUCCGCUCCCCGCGAUGUCGCCAAGCAGCUGAAGGACCAGGGACUUGUAAUGGCCGGACAUCGUGAGCAGAGCAUGUACAAGGAACUCAAGCGUGUAAUCCCUACGGCAGCUGCCUUCGGUGGUGCCUGUAUUGGAGCCUUGUCUGUGGCUAGUGAUUUGCUUGGAGCCCUUGGAAGCGGAACUGGUAUCUUGUUGGCUGUCACUAUCAUCUACGGAUAUUUCGAAAUAGCAGCUCGAGAAGGCGACUUCGGUGCUGGCCUGAAAGGUUUAGUGCCCGGAAACUAA